AGGAGAGGAGCGAGUGGAGGAGAGGAGCGAAUGGAGGAGAGGAGGAGCCCAAGCCCCGGAAGAGCUCAGGGACGGGCCAUGGCCGUACAGCGACAUGGCGGCGCCCGCGGAGGAGGUUGCUUCAGGAAGUGCAGAUGGUUGGUGAAGGCUGUGGUUUCAGGGAGCUGAUUUUUUGUCCUGAAAAAGGGAGUUAUGAUGUCCGUGGUACAUCGUCUGACAGCGGGAUGGCUUGUGGAUCAUCUCUCUUUCAUCAACCAGUGUGGCUAUGAGAUCUGUGACUCCUUUGCACACCCUGGUGGUGUCACUCACAGUACUUCUGUCACAUCUACUGAAAACUAUUACAGCAUUUCUACUUUUGCUGCCACGCCCUCAUCAAGCGGUGGUCCUCCUUAUGAUCCUGGAGAUGUCGUAGAAGCAGAAGGUAAAAGAACAAAAAUGAGAUACGUGUUUCGGGAGGAGUUCUUUGAUAUUUCUAAGCCACAUAUAGCUGCAGCUUGUGAGGAGCAGCCGUGUCAGGGAUGCCCUGAGGUGAGUCUGACAGGAAUAAAGGCCAACAGCAACAGAGAGGAAUACCAAGAAGGAGCAAAGAGUGACACUGGAGAUUCUUUUGCCAUUGCUAGGAAGAAACGUAAAAGGAAAUGUGUAUUCAACCAAGGUGAACUGGAUGCUUUGGAAUACCAUUCAAAUGUCAGGAAGCUCAUUUUGGAAGGCACUUUGCAUUUAGUCCAAGAGGGACUCAAAAGUGGUUUUCUUCACCAUACUACUGCAAAACCCAGUUCCAGGAAGAAUAAUGUUCCUCAACACAUUGUCUGUGGGUUGGCUGAAUUAUGUGAAAUGGCAAAGCAGUUUCCAGCUGUGGAUGAAAGUGACCAUCAAGCUGUACAUGUGCUAGAGGAGGAAAUCUCCAGAGCAGAGCAGGACCUGCUUUCAUGUGUUACGGAAAACAGCUCAAACUGUGCGAAGAUAAUUGUGUUAAUGGGGCAGAAAUACUUGGUACCACCAAAGAGCAGUUUCCUCUUAUCUGAUAUUUCAUGUUUACAGCCCCUGCUGAACUACAAGAAAAGAUAUGAUGUAAUUGUGAUUGAUCCACCAUGGGAGAACAAGUCUGUUAAAAGGAGUAACAGGUACAGCCACUUGUCUUCAUGGCAAAUCAAGCAGAUCCCUGUACCAGCACUAGCUGCUCCAAAUUGUCUUGUAGUCACGUGGGUGACUAAUAGACAGAAGCACUUACAUUUUGUUAAGGAUGAGCUUUAUCCUCACUGGUCGGUGAAAACACUUGCUGAGUGGCACUGGGUAAAAAUUACUACAGCUGGAGAAUUUGUAUUGCCUUUGGAUUCUUUGCACAAAAAACCCUAUGAAGUUCUUGUAUUAGGGAGAUUUCAAGGACAUGCAAAGGAAGCCUUAAGGAAAUCUGAAUGUGUUCUUCCAAUUCCAGAGCAUCAGUUAAUUGUCAGCAUACCCUGCAGUCUGCAUUCACAUAAACCUCCUCUUGCUGCAGUUCUGGCAGAGUUUAUCAAGCCAGAUGUGGAAUGCUUGGAGUUGUUUGCUCGCAACCUACAGCCUGGCUGGACCAGCUGGGGAAAUGAGGUCUUGAAGUUUCAGCACAUUGAUUAUUUCACUCUUCUCCAGAAAGAAAACUGAGCUGGGUCUUAGAUAUCUAUAUCUUCUGAAAUUUCAUACCUUCCCAGGGGGCUCUUGAACUUAACUUUAUUACUGAUGGUGCACCUAAAGGUGACGGAAAUAAAACCAAUUGCAUUUUAGUUAGAAUUCUUUAAGUAGCAGGAUAUCUGUUCAAUGCUCCCUUUCUGUAAGAUGGUCCCUUACUUUGACGAUCUAAACAUAUUUAAAUACUGAUAUUGUUACCAAAAAUCAGUAAAGAUAAGACUCCUUAGUUGCUGGUUAGCAUUAAGAAGAAGGCAUUCUUUAUUUGGCUGGAUGCAUGAGGGAGUAUUUCCUCUGAAAUAUUGUGUAUGCUGAUUACUGAGAAAGCUCCUAUUUAUAUGGGGUAUUUUACAUACAUAUUACAUAUAUUACAUACCUGUCUGAAUAAACAUAAAGAUGAUAAUAAUUUCCCCAAAAUCAGUAAUGUAUGUUCCAUCCCCUUUGCACACUUGUCUCAGGGGUUUCUUUGGUGAUUCCUGGUGGCCACCCCAAAAUCAUAUUUGGCCAUCCAGUGAACUGGUAAAAAGUUGGCAUAACUGGAGGUUACUCUUCAGUUUUCCUUCUUGGUCAAUGUUUAACAUGACCCUAGAGAAUAAGCAUUGUGUGUUUCUAUAGGCUUGUGGUUUUUGAAGAAUAAUUGUAUUAACCCACCAGCUGUAAACAAUUCUUCAUCUGUCAACAAUGUUAGAGAGUAAAUUCAUCCCUGUUCUUUUUCAAACCUCAAGAAAAUAAAGAUAUUUUAAAGUAUUCUCACUGCAGCUUUCAAGUCUGAGCUGAUAGCACAUUGCUACUGCUGUACUGUAGCUCUUGUGUUAUUUUUAAAGAAUUAUAAUGUAUUGUUUUUAAAGAGUGAAUGGAAGUAAAUAGUUUUGAAUGAUGCAUGUUUUCUUAAAUAUUUUUUUGCAAAACAAUGGAUUUUGAACUGGAAAUAUUUAUGAAGGCAGUGUAUCUUCCUGCAUGUUUGUAUAUGUCUGUCUGCCUCAGAGAAAAUAAAAGGAGCAGUGCUUAUGUUUAUAGGCAUAUGAAUUCUUGACUGACCAUAUUCUAUGUAAAAUUACACUUCCAAAACAAUUGGCAAUUCCCUUUGUGUAUAUAGUGUUAAUUUUUUGAAUACAUUGUAAAUGAUCAGUCUUAACAUCUUAAAAAUUCAGAAAUUUUAGCAGAUUAUAUGUAUUUAAAAAAAAAAAAAUUCCUUAUGUUUUGGAACAUUAUAAAGCCAUGCCAGUGAGCUGUAUUUUUCAGCUAACAUAAAAAUGAUCCCUUUAAAAAAAUAAAAAUUAAGGAAUGGUACACUUUGUGUAUCCUUUGCUGUGCUUAGAUAUACUUUGAAAAAUAGAAAGAAAAUGUGAUGAGACCUCUGCCACUUACUUGUUUGCAGCAGUAGAGGCAGAGGUGCUGGACAAACUGAUGUUAUGAUGGCAGACUCCUGAGUUCUGUUUAUAAUGGAGAAGAAAACACAUUGCUUAACUUCUUUACCUUCAUUUCCAUUUUGGUAGCCUGGCGAGCCAUGAAGAUUUUUUUAAGUUAAACUUCAAAUGUUAGCAGAGGUUUUUUUUUUGUAAUUUUGUAAUAAAAAUGAAAAUAAAAAUUUGUGUCUUAUUUGCUGACAUUUCGUGCUGCAUGAUUUUAUUUAGUCUGCAUUUUAAGCUGUCAGUAUGUAAGCAAUCUUACCUACAGCUACAAGGGAUAGAGGUUCUUUAUUUGCUUCUAGUUUUAUAAGACAUUCCCUGCCUGGAGCUUCUACUUUCCCAGUCAGAAUUCCCCUGCCUUCCCAAGAUGCUCUCAUCUAGUACUAAAUGAUGUAUGGGACUCAAACGUGGAAUAAAAGGUAACUGCUGCACUUACCUUGUUUUCUCUUUGUAUUCUCCAAAACAGAAGAAGAAAUGACAAUAUUGUCUGUUCCAAUCUGCUGCUAUGAACAACUCCAGUUUAUCUUUUUAAUUACAACUAAAAGAAAGAUGAAGUCUUGGAGAUCAGGAAACCCCCUUUCUCCUUUGAGCUAAGCAACAGAACCCUUCUAAGAGAAUAACCUUCUUUAGGCUGUUUAAGAAUUGACCUUAUUAAUUUGUCUUUUCUGUGGAGUCCCUUUGCAAAUAGUGGCUUUCUAGAAUCCUAGAAUAAUUAAGAUUGGAAAAGACCUCUAAGAUCAAGUUCUGCUGUUAACCUACCAUCACUGUGUUCACCACUAAACUGAAGUAGCUGGGUGGCUACUUCCAGCACCUGGGAAUCCAGCCUCCUAAGUAUGGCUUGUAUGUAGAGGACUUGUGCAGGCGACUCUAAGCUUCUCAGGGUAAGUGAAAAGUUGAAGAUUGGAACUUGUGUCAUACCUGAUCCUGUCCUAAAUAGUUACAAAAUUGUGUCUUGGUCACCUGUUUGCUGCUUUUCCGCUGUUCUGGCCAUGAAGAAAACCUUGUGAAUAUGACAGAAGUGGUGUUCCACAUCUGCAGCCAGCCUGAAGCCAUUGCAUUUUCUCAGGAGGAGAAAGCCUGUUGCUAACUUGGAAAUCUAAUGGUGGUAUUAGCAGUUGAUAGUUUCAGUUGGUAGGGUCAUCUUUUAAACGUAAUUAUUUGCCUGUUAUGCUUAAUUCAUAAUUUAAAUAGCCUCUUAUACUUUUGCAGCUGUCCAGGGCUCCAGCUGUUCCUAAACAGCCAUCAGAUCAUUGUGGCUGUCAAAAGAUUCUUCUUAGGCAGAACCUGCAGCAUACUGAAAGAUCAGCGAUGAGUGAAACCAGCUAAUAUAACAGGACAAUUUAAGAUCUGGUUUCUUUUUAUCUUAUAUAUGUCCAUUGCUCAGAGGGGAAAAUGCCCUCUGUUGUGUCAAGCCUUGUAUAAAAAAGAAAACUUGCUCUGAAGAGUUUACAAAGGUGGUAAGAAAUUAAAGAAAAAGGGAGAAGAUAAGAAUGAAGGAAUACAAGAUAGUAAUGAGAUGUUAAAGGUGUAUUUAAUAAGUAUCAGCCUAGGUAUUAUGCGCAUCUUCAGUGUUCCUAAGGAAUUGUAAGGUUUUCCCUACUUUAAAUGGGAUUUUCUUCUUUUGUGUUCUGGUGUCACACAUUCAAAUAAAAAACAUGUGUAGUGUGUAUUUUACUUACAACAGCA